AUGGUAUCAUUAGAACCCACUAAAUAUUAUAAACAUCCAGAAUAUCCAUUAAUAAUAUGUUAUUUUGAUACUAUAGAUUCUACACAAUUAUGGGUUUAUAAUAAUAUUGAAGACAUUAAAAAUAAAUAUAAUCUAUCACCAAAUACCUGGAUUGCUGUAACAUCUAAUUAUAUGACAUCAGGUAUAGGAACCUAUAGUUCUAAAACUAAUAAUAAUAAGAGAUGGUAUACUAUUAAAGGAAAAAAUAUUAACAUUUCAUAUAUAACAUUAUGCCCAUUAAAUAAUAAAGAAACUAUAAAAUAUAGCUCUUUGGUAGGAGCAUUAUCUGUAUCAAAUAUAUUAGAAAAUAUUGGAAUAAAAUCUGUUAAAAUAAAAUGGAUUAAUGAUAUAUAUGUAUCUGGAAAAAAAAUUGGUGGUAUAUUAUGUAAAUUAUUAACUAAUAUAUUUACAUUUGAUAAUAAUGGUGAAAAACAACAAUAUGUACCUUUUAUUAUUGGAAUUGGUUUAAAUGUAUUACAUAAUCAAGAUGAAAUUCCUAUUAAUAUUGAUCAUCCUGCAACAUCUGUAUUUUUAGAAAAAAGUAAAUAUGAAAUUAAUCCAAAUAUUUGUAUUAAUGAAAUAGAAAAUAAUCUUCAUUUUGAAAUUAUUAAACAAUUUUCACAACUUUAUCAAAAUAAUUCAAUAACAUCAUUAUUAAGACAAAUUAAUGAUAAAUUGAUAUUUAUUGGUAAAAUAGUUUCAAUUUUAUAUACAGAUGAAGAUAAUGAUAUUGAAGUUAUUGGGAUUUUUGAAGGAAUUGAUAAUAAUGGAUAUGCAAUAAUUAGAACAUGUGAUUUAGGAGGAAAAUUAAUUUAUGUAUCUCAUGGUACAAUGAGACAAAUCAAUAUAUAA